AAGAAAGAGCAGGUAUUCGGUGAACCUUAAUAAAAAAAAAUCUGCAUAGAUUAAAAAUGAUAAUAUCAGAUACAUCUACUGGUGCUAUCGCAAUUUGAUAACAAUCCAAUUCAGAUUACAAGUACCCCAAGUUCUUCGUUCUGAGUAUAUAUAUAAUUUCCUGUCCCUGAAAAGCGCGUCAGUUAUCUGCCGAAAUCAAAAAAAUGAAGUUGUGGUACGCCCUGCUUCUAGGCGCGUUCCUAGUCCUAGUCGAGUCGCGAAAUCUGAAUAUAUCCCCACGUAUAAACGAUGGAUAUACGGUUGUGGAUCCUAAAAGUUUUCCCUCACAAGUGACUAUACAAAAUCGAAUGACCAGUGGAUCAGUGAAAAUGUGUAGUGGAUCAAUCGUCACAGAUCGUUUUGUUCUCACAUCCUUUUAUUGUACACAAGAUGUAAAAACAUUUGAUUUAUACUUCGGAUUGAUGUACCUCAAUCAAACUGAAAGUGCGAAUAAGAUGGAAGUGGCAGCAGAUGCAGUGAUACCUUAUCCGAUAUUGGUCAAUGAUGUCGCUCUAAUCCGUUUACCGAAACCUUUAGAAUUGAGUGACCUAGUCAAACCAAUCAAACUAGCAGAUACCACGCCGUCAUCGGGAACGUUUGCAGUCAUGGCCGGUUUCGCCUCAGGAUACAACAACCUCAAGUACGGUUUCUUUCGAUUAGAAGAACAGGCUUUAUGUGCUGAUGCCUAUCCGAACAAAUUUGACAAGUACAACCAAAUCUGUACAACAGGAUGGACAAAUCCAAAUCAGAGACCAUGCAAAAACAACGAAGGUGGAGGUUUGAUCGUUGGUUGGCCAGAACAUCCAGAAUUAAUUGGUAUAUUCUCGAGCCCAAAUACCUGCAGCGGAACAUCGCCAGCAAUGUAUGCUAAUGCUGUCAAAUAUAAAUUUUGGAUGGACAAUAUAAUCGCAAAUUUCCCAGAGGAAACUACAACCACAGAACCACCCACUACUACUGCUGAGACAACUGUUCCAACUGAAACCACCACUGAAAGUUCUCCUAGCCCACCAGCAACAACCACAGAUGCCGGGACCACAGCGAGUGACACAACUGAGUCCCAAACUGAAACAACCACUACCCAACAGGAGACAACAGACAAAACAACGACUGAUCCGGCAACUCAAACAACCACGGAAGUGGCAUCAGAAGCAACUGAACCAGUCACAGAUGAAACCACCACUGAGAAUUCAACAGGUGAAACAACAACCCAAACUGCAACAGUUGAAACCACCACCGAAGGCGAAACAACUGAACCAGUAACAGAUGAAACAACCACAAGCAGUGAAACUACUGGACCAACUGAGCCUCCCACAGGUGAAACAACUACUGAAAAUGGAACAACAGAGCCUGAAACAACCGAACCAGUCACAGACGAAACCACCACUGAGGCUUCGACAGGCGAAACAACCACUCAAACUGCAACAACGGAACCUGCAACAGUGGAAACAACUACUGAAGGUGAAACAACCGAACCAGUAACAGAUGAAACUACCACAAGCAGUGACACUACACCAACUGAGCCUUCCACAAGUGAAACAACUACCGAAAGUGGAACAACAGAGCCUGAAACAACCGAACCAGCCACAGACGAAACCACCACUGAGGCUUCAACAGGUGAAACAACCACUCAAACUGCAACAACGGAACCCGCAACAGUUGAAACAACUACUGAAGGUGAAACAACCGAACCAGUAACAGAUGAAACAACCACAAGCAGUGAAACUACUGGACCAACUGAGCCUUCCACAGGUGAAACAACUACCGAAAAUGAAACAACAGAGCCUGAAACAACCGAACCAGCCACAGAAGAAACUACCACUGAGGCUUCAACAGGUGAAACGACCACUCAAACUGCAACAACGGAACCUGCAACAGUUGAAACAACUACUGAAGGUGAAACAACCGAACCAGUAACAGAUGAAACAACCACAAGCAGUGAAACUACUGGACCAACUGAGCCUCCCACAGGUGAAACAACUACCGAAAAUGGAACAACAGAGCCUGAAACAACCGAACCAGUCACAGACGAAACCACCACUGAGGCUUCAACAGGCGAAACAACCACUCAAACUGCAACAACGGAACCCGCAACAGUUGAAACAACUACUGAAGGUGAAACAACCGAACCAGUAACAGAUGAAACAACCACAAGCAGUGAAACUACUGGACCAACUGAGCCUCCCACAGGUGAAACAACUACUGAAAAUGGAACAACAGAGCCCGAAACAACCGAACCAGUCACAGACGAAACCACCACUGAGGCUUCAACAGGCGAAACAACCACUCAAACUGCAACAACGGAACCUGCAACAAUUGAAACAACUACUGAAGGUGAAACAACCGAACCAGUAACAGAUGAAACAACCACAAGCAGUGAGACUACACCAACUGAGCCUUCCACAGGUGAAACAACUACCGAAAAUGGAACAACAGAGCCUGAAACAACCGAACCAGCCACAGAAGAAACCACCACUGAGGCUUCAACAGGUGAAACGACCACUCAAACUGCAACAACGGAACCUGCAACAGUUGAAACCACCACCGAAGGCGAAACAACUGAACCAGUAACAGAUGAAACAACCACAAGCAGUGAAACUACUGGACCAACUGAGCCUCCCACAGGUGAAACAACUACCGAAAAUGGAACAACAGAGCCUGAAACAAACGAACCAGUCACAGACGAAACCACCACUGAGGCUUCAACAGGCGAAACAACCACUCAAACUGCAACAACGGAACCAGCAACAGUUGAAACAACUACUGAAGGUGAAACAACCGAACCAGUAACAGAUGAAACAACCACAAGCAGUGAAACUACUGGACCAACUGAGCCUCCCACAGGUGAAACAACUACUGAAAAUGGAACAACAGAGCCUGAAACAACCGAACCAGCCACAGAAGAAACCACCACUGAGGCUUCAACAGGUGAAACGACCACUCAAACUGCAACAACGGAACCUACAACAGUUGAAACCACCACCGAAGGCGAAACAACUGAACCAGUAACAGAUGAAACAACCAGAAGCAGUGAAACUACUGGACCAACUGAGCCUCCCACAGGUGAAACAACUACUGAAAAUGGAACAACAGAGCCCGAAACAACCGAACCAGUCACAGACGAAAGCACCACUGAGGCUUCAACAGGCGAAACAACCACUCAAACUGCAACAACGGAACCAGCAACAGUUGAAACAACUACUGAAGGUGAAACAACCGAACCAGUAACAGAUGAAACAACCACAAGCAGUGAGACUACACCAACUGAGCCUUCCACAGGUGAAACAACUACCGAAAAUGGAACAACAGAGCCUGAAACAACCGAACCAGCCACAGAAGAAACCACCACUGAGGCUUCAACAGGUGAAACGACCACUCAAACUACAACAACGGAACCAGCAACAGUUGAAACCACCACCGAAGGCGAAACAACUGAACCAGUAACAGAUGAAACAACCACAAGCAGUGAAACCACUGGACCAACUGAGCCUCCCACAAGUGAAACAACUACCGAAAAUGGAACAACAGAGCCUGAAACAACCGAACCAGUCACAGACGAAACCACCACUGAGGCUUCAACAGGCGAAACAACCACUCAAACUGCAACAACGGAACCAGCCACAGUUGAAACAACUACUGAAGGUGAAACAACCGAACCAGUAACAGAUGAAACAACCACAAGCAGUGAGACUACACCAACUGAGCCUUCCACAGGUGAAACAACUACCGAAAACGGAACAACAGAGCCUGAAACAACCGAACCAGCCACAGAAGAAACCACCACUGAGGCUUCAACAGGUGAAACGACCACUCAAACUGCAACAACGGAACCUGCAACAGUUGAAACCACCACCGAAGGCGAAACAACUGAACCAGUAACAGAUGAAACAACCACAAGCAGUGAAACUACUGGGCCAACUGAGCCUCCCACAGGUGAAACAACUACCGAAAAUGGAACAACAGAGCCUGGAACAACCGAACCAGUCACAGACGAAACCACCACUGAGGCUUCAACAGGCGAAACAACCACUCAAACUGCAACAACGGAACCUGCAACAGUUGAAACAACUACUGAAGGUGAAACAACCGAACCAGUAACAGAUGAAACAACCACAAGCAGUGAGACUACACCAACUGAGCCUUCCACAGGCGAAACAACUACCGAAAAUGGAACAACAGAGCCUGAAACAACCGAACCAGUCACAGAAGAAACCACCACUGAGGCUUCAACAGGUGAAACGACCACUCAAACUGCAACAGCGGAACCAGCAACAGUUGAAACCACCACCGAAGGCGAAACAACUGAACCAGUAACAGAUGAAACAACCACAAGCAGUGAAACUACUGGACCAACUGAGCCUCCCACAGGUGAAACAACUACCGAAAAUGGAACAACAGAGCCUGGAACAACCGAACCAGUCACAGACGAAACCACCACUGAGGCUUCAACAGGCGAAACAACCACUCAAACUGCAACAACGGAACCUGCAACAGUUGAAACAACUACUGAAGGUGAAACAACCGAACCAGUAACAGAUGAAACAACCACAAGCAGUGAGACUACACCAACUGAGCCUUCCACAGGUGAAACAACUACCGAAAAUGGAACAACAGAGCCUGAAACAACCGAACCAGCCACAGAAGAAACCACCACUGAGGCUUCAACAGGUGAAACGACCACUCAAACUGCAACAACGGAACCAGCAACAGUUGAAACCACCACCGAAGGCGAAACAACUGAACCAGUAACAGAUGAAACAACCACAAGCAGUGAAACUACUGGACCAACUGAGCCUCCCACAGGUGAAACAACUACCGAAAAUGGAACAACAGAGCCUGAAACAACCGAACCAGCCACAGAAGAAACCACCAGUGAGGCUUCAACAGGUGAAACGACCACUCAAACUGCAACAACGGAACCUGCAACAGUUGAAACCACCACCGAAGGCGAAACAACUGAACCAGUAACAGAUGAAACAACCACAAGCAGUGAAACUACUGGACCAACUGAGCCUCCCACAGGUGAAACAACUACUGAAAAUGGAACAACAGAGCCCGAAACAACCGAACCAGUCACAGACGAAAGCACCACUGAGGCUUCAACAGGCGAAACAACCACUCAAACUGCAACAACGGAACCAGCAACAGUUGAAACAACUACUGAAGGUGAAACAACCGAGCCAGUAACAGAUGAAACAACCACAAGCAGUGAGACUACACCAACUGAGCCUUCCACAGGUGAAACAACUACCGAAAAUGGAACAACAGAGCCUGAAACAACCGAACCAGCCACAGAAGAAACCACCACUGAGGCUUCAACAGGUGAAACGACCACUCAAACUACAACAACGGAACCAGCAACAGUUGAAACCACCACCGAAGGCGAAACAACUGAACCAGUAACAGAUGAAACAACCACAAGCAGUGAAACCACUGGACCAACUGAGCCUCCCACAAGUGAAACAACUACCGAAAAUGGAACAACAGAGCCUGAAACAACCGAACCAGUCACAGACGAAACCACCACUGAGGCUUCAACAGGCGAAACAACCACUCAAACUGCAACAACGGAACCAGCCACAGUUGAAACAACUACUGAAGGUGAAACAACCGAACCAGUAACAGAUGAAACAACCACAAGCAGUGAGACUACACCAACUGAACCUUCCACAGGUGAAACAACUACCGAAAACGGAACAACAGAGCCUGAAACAACCGAACCAGCCACAGAAGAAACCACCACUGAGGCUUCAACAGGUGAAACGACCACUCAAACUGCAACAACGGAACCUGCAACAGUUGAAACCACCACCGAAGGCGAAACAACUGAACCAGUAACAGAUGAAACAACCACAAGCAGUGAAACUACUGGACCAACUGAGCCUCCCACAGGUGAAACAACUACCGAAAAUGGAACAACAGAGCCUGGAACAACCGAACCAGUCACAGACGAAACCACCACUGAGGCUUCAACAGGCGAAACAACCACUCAAACUGCAACAACGGAACCUGCAACAGUUGAAACAACUACUGAAGGUGAAACAACCGAACCAGUAACAGAUGAAACAACCACAAGCAGUGAGACUACACCAACUGAGCCUUCCACAGGCGAAACAACUACCGAAAAUGGAACAACAGAGCCUGAAACAACCGAACCAGUCACAGACGAAACCACCACUGAGGCUUCAACAGGUGAAACGACCACUCAAACUGCAACAACGGAACCAGCAACAGUUGAAACCACCACCGAAGGCGAAACAACUGAACCAGUAACAGAUGAAACAACCACAAGCAGUGAAACUACUGGACCAACUGAGCCUCCCACAGGUGAAACAACUACCGAAAAUGGAACAACAGAGCCUGGAACAACCGAACCAGUCACAGACGAAACCACCACUGAGGCUUCAACAGGCGAAACAACCACUCAAACUGCAACAACGGAACCUGCAACAGUUGAAACAACUACUGAAGGUGAAACAACCGAACCAGUAACAGAUGAAACAACCACAAGCAGUGAGACUACACCAACUGAGCCUUCCACAGGUGAAACAACUACCGAAAAUGGAACAACAGAGCCUGAAACAACCGAACCAGCCACAGAAGAAACCACCACUGAGGCUUCAACAGGUGAAACGACCACUCAAACUGCAACAACGGAACCAGCAACAGUUGAAACCACCACCGAAGGCGAAACAACUGAACCAGUAACAGAUGAAACAACCACAAGCAGUGAAACUACUGGACCAACUGAGCCUCCUACAGGUGAAACAACUACCGAAAAUGGAACAACAGAGCCUGAAACAACCGAACCAGUCACAGACGAAACCACCACUGAGGCUUCAACAGGCGAAACAACCACUCAAACUGCAACAACGGAACCUGCAACAGUUGAAACAACUACUGAAGGUGAAACAACCGAACCAGUAACAGAUGAAACAACCACAAGCAGUGAGACUACACCAACUGAGCCUUCCACAGGUGAAACAACUACCGAAAAUGGAACAACAGAGCCUGAAACAACCGAACCAGCCACAGAAGAAACCACCACUGAGGCUUCAACAGGUGAAACGACCACUCAAACUGCAACAACGGAACCAGCAACAGUUGAAACCACCACCGAAGGCGAAACAACUGAACCAGUAACAGAUGAAACAACCACAAGCAGUGAAACUACUGGACCAACUGAGCCUCCCACAGGUGAAACAACUACCGAAAAUGGAACAACAGAGCCUGAAACAACCGAACCAGCCACAGAAGAAACCACCAGUGAGGCUUCAACAGGUGAAACGACCACUCAAACUGCAACAACGGAACCUGCAACAGUUGAAACCACCACCGAAGGCGAAACAACUGAACCAGUAACAGAUGAAACAACCACAAGCAGUGAAACUACUGGACCAACUGAGCCUCCCACAGGUGAAACAACUACCGAAAAUGGAACAACAGAGCCUGAAACAACCGAACCAGUCACAGACGAAACCACCACUGAGGCUUCAACAGGCGAAACAACCACUCAAACUGCAACAACGGAACCUGCAACAGUUGAAACAACCACCGAAGGUGAAACAACCGAACCAGUAACAGAUGAAACAACCACAAGCAGUGAGACUACACCAACUGAGCCUUCCACAGGUGAAACAACUACCGAAAACGGAACAACAGAGCCUGAAACAACCGAACCAGUCACAGACGAAACCACCACUGAGGCUUCAACAGGUGAAACAACCACUCAAACUGCAACAACGGAACCUGCAACAGUUGAAACAACCACCGAAGGUGAAACAACCGAACCAGCAACAGAAGAAACAACGAAUAAUAGUGAAACUACUGAAGCUGUCACUGCGGAAACUACCACCGAAAACCCAUCAACACCAGAAAUAACCACUACAGAGAGUACGACUUCAAACACAACUGAGACUGUAACUGAUGAAACCACUUCAGAGAGUGGAAUAACAGAGCCUGUCACAGAUCUAUCCAGUACCGAAAGUUCGUCUACUGAUGGGCACACAACCGGGUCUGCAACAGAUGAAACUCCCGCGGAGAAUUCUUCCCCAUCAGAAGAGAAUACUACGGAACCAACCACAGAAACUCCAAAGACCACACCAACGACAACUUCCCCUAAGCCUACUUACGUGACAGGUCCUUUGACACCAUUGACCGAUCGACUAAUCAAGAUGAUAACUCCGCCAGUAAUUAGACGGGCCGGAUAGGCGGAGUCUACUCUUCUUCCCUAUUUAACCAUUAUUUCGCAUUGAAAGUAUCUGUAGUAGUUAUAGCAGGAAAUAUAUUUAGUUAAUAAUCAAAGUGUUAAAUUAUUUUGUAAAAUAUAAGUUUAUACAAAUGUUA